GCCUUGAAUUUAAUGCUAUCGUUCAAGAUCUUUUGGUAUAUAUUGAUACUCCAAUAGCAUCAAUGGCGACGAUUUUCUGGAUAAAAUACAUUUUACGUGAGACAUCCUAUUAUGAGAAGCAUUUCAAAACUAGUGAAGUACCGUUACCGCACUACAUACUAGAAGAGAUCGCCUUCCGACAUCAAUAUCAACGAUUUCACGUCUUUAAUGCAUACAAAGCGGAAUUGGAGUCAUCUAACAGAUUCACACCAGAAGUCAUGGUUUACGGCCCUUCGGAGACAAUUAAUGGAACGUAUGGCUUACCUUGUUCAGAUUGGAUUCGUAAUGCAAGUAAUGUCGUAUAUAGAAAAAAAUCUCAGCAAGUUAGACGAAAAGUUAUCUCUGCAUGCGGACCACCUUACUCGGAGGAAUUUUAUAUUUCAAUGUUGAAAUUAAUUGAAUACGCAAAGAUUCAAUUGGACUCUCAAAUCGAUACGCGACCAAUGAUUGUGCAAUUUUUUGCUGACUGUCCACCAACAAUCGAUAACAAAUAUCGUGAAUAUAUAAAUAAUUUGUUGACUACUUUUGGUAAUUAA